AUGAUAGGGAACAAAGAAGACGCGUACGAAUGUUUCAAUCUGGCGAACCGAUACCUGAAGGCGGGGAAUUACAGCCAUGCGAAGAACCUUUUUCUUAAAUCCAAGCGCAUGUUCCCCGAUAUUGACAUUAGUGAGCAAGUGAAAAUAUGCGAAGAGGAAUUACGGAAGAGGGAAAACGCCGAAGCACAGAGCAACUCAAGCCACGCCAACGGAAACAACAAUAACAGUGAUAAUUACAACAGCACAACGUAUCGACCAAAUCAUAACAAUCUGCAUGAACGCCAUGUUGGGGCAAAGGAUGACGGCAUAGGAAGAAUAUUAAGGACAAACAAUUAUUACGAAAUUUUGGGCAUUCCAAAAAACAGCAAUGAUGAAACGAUUAGAGCUGCAUAUAAAAAACUGGCAAAGUUAUAUCACCCAGAUAAGAACAAAGAAAAAGGAACGGAAGAAGCUUUCAAAAAAGUUUCAAUAGCCUUUCAAAAUUUAAUAAAUAAAGAAAAAAGACACGAAUAUGACAACAAUUCAGAAACGGACCAUUCACAUCAUCAUCCAACGUAUAGAACGACACACUAUUAUUAUAAUGAUGAUAUGUUUACGCCUGAAGAUAUUUUUCGUAAUUUUUUUGGCAUCAAUUUUGCAACGUGUAAUAACAGAACGUUCAGGACAAAUAUGAACAACACCAGGGCCUAUACAAAUAGUAGCAAUAGUGCCAAUAGCCAACGGACUCAUUCCUUCAUUCAAAUUGCUAUAUUUUUUAUCAUGUUUGUUAUUUUUUUCUUAUCAAGUCAUUUCGAGCAGCCUAAGGCUAUCUACUCGCUCAAUAAAACGAGCUACUUUGAUACGCUAAAUUAUACGUCGUUGAACAAAGUACGAUUUUACACAAAGAAGACGUUUAAUUAUAAUUACCCGAAGAAUAGCCAUCCGCGUUUUCAAAUCGAGUACGAAGUUGAGUACAAAUAUUACGAGCACGAAUGUCAAAUGUUAACGAAGAAAAUAAAAAAUGAUUACUACCGGGAAAAAAACCAAUACCAAAAAAAAAUAAAUUACCACGAAAUUCCGGAAAGCUGUAUGAAGUUGAAAACGCUAGAGGACCAAUACAACAACUACAUCAUGAAGUUAAAAAGACGAUAG